AAUCGACAAUGAUAAGAAUCAUGGUGGUGAAAUAUCUAGCCUUAGUUUCUCUUCUAACAGGAACAUCUGGAUUUCUCGUCACCAAUCACACCUGCGUUCAUGACAAGUUUAACUGCCAAGAUGGGUCGUGUAUCCCUAUUAAUUGGCGCUGUGAUAAUGAAAUAGACUGUAAAAGUGGAAUAGACGAAGAAGGAUGUCAUAACAAAACAACAUGCAGCGGUGGUUCCUUUCGAUGCAGCAGUGGUGCAUGUGUUCCACACAGAUGGCGCUGCGAUGGGGAGAUGGACUGUAAUGACGGGUCAGAUGAGCAGAACUGUACAUCUUCAGUAUCAACAACGACCACCCAGUCUACGACUCAGUCAAUGAUGACAUCUAUUAUGACGACAUCAAGUUCCACAGAGAAAACCCCACCAAGCCCAACCACAAUGAGACCAGAUCCGAGUUGCCAAGACGAGCAAUUAAAUUGUCAGGUUUUAGUUGCCGACAUUGAUAUAUGUUCGAUGCCGGUUUCUGCGCAACUUUUAUGUGCUUCGACUUGCCAUAUGUGCAGCGGUUCACCUGGCACACAACAUGUGACAAACAGUCAUAUCCCUCAUACUAGUCAUAUGAACCCAGGUUUUCCAACAGCUGCGCCAUCUUCUACAACUGGAAGUACGCAUGCUCCAUACACAGCUCCACCUACAGACGAAGCAAUUGUGUCUGGUUGCGAAGAUGCUGAAAAUAAUUGUGCUCAUCUCGUUAAAACAGUAAAUAUUUGCAGCGAUACGGUAAAAGCCAAGUUUUUGUGUAAAAGAACAUGCAGCGUUUGUGAUGAAGCUCCGGUUUUGAUUGGCUAA